GUUUGCAGAGCACGGGGCGGAAGUGUGCCAAAGGUAUCUGUGCUGCCGCUUCCGGUCCGGGUAAACGCGGCUGAGGUCCUGAGCAUGGUUUGUGACUGACGAAGAUAGACUUCGGAGGCAAAAGCAGUGGGUGAAGAGGCGGGCAUCAGCGUCUGGGUUCAGAAGUCUGGAGUCUAGUGGAAGGAUCAGAAAAUAAGGCAGGAACCUGAAAACGACCUGACCGCUGUUUCCGAGGGGGCACCUUCCACGCAGAACCCCUCUGCCCUGGUAACGGCCAAAGAGGAGGAGAUGGCGCCAGUCAGGGAGCGGCCGUGGCCGAGGCAGUGAGGAAGCGCAAAGGCAGAGCAACCGGAGAAGCUUCGGGAGAAGAGCCAGAGCCACCGCUGCCGCCCCGCCACCACCACCAUGGAAGGGGCCAAGCCGACUUUGCAGCUCGUGUACCAGGCAGUGCAGGCUCUUUACCACGACCCAGAUCCCAGCGGAAAGGAGCGCGCCUCGUUUUGGCUUGGGGAGCUGCAGCGUUCGGUUCAUGCAUGGGAAAUUUCAGACCAGUUGUUACAGAUUCGGCAGGAUGUGGAAUCAUGCUAUUUUGCUGCACAGACCAUGAAAAUGAAGAUUCAGACCUCAUUUUAUGAGCUCCCUACAGACUCUCAUGCCUCUUUAAGGGACUCGUUGCUAACCCAUAUCCAGAACUUGAAAGACUUGUCACCUGUCAUUGUAACGCAGCUGGCUUUAGCAAUAGCAGACCUUGCCCUACAGAUGCCUUCCUGGAAGGGGUGUGUACAAACAUUGGUGGAAAAAUAUAGCAAUGAUGUAACUUCUCUGCCUUUUCUGUUGGAGAUCCUUACAGUGUUACCUGAAGAAGUGCAUAGUCGUUCCUUAAGAAUUGGAGCUAACCGGCGCACAGAAAUUAUAGAAGAUUUGGCCUUUUAUUCUAGUACAGUGGUAUCUCUCUUGAUGACCUGUGUAGAAAAAGCAGGAACAGAUGAAAAAAUGCUUAUGAAGGUCUUUCGCUGUUUGGGAAGCUGGUUUAAUUUGGGAGUUUUGGACAGUAACUUCAUGGCUAACAAUAAAUUACUGGCGCUCCUUUUUGAGGUUUUGCAACAGGAUAAGACUUCAUCCAACCUACAUGAAGCUGCUUCAGACUGUGUGUGCUCAGCUCUCUACGCCAUUGAGAAUGUGGAGACUAACUUGCCAUUAGCCAUGCAACUUUUUCAGGGAGUCUUGACAUUGGAGACUGCCUAUCAUAUGGCUGUGGCACGCGAAGAUUUAGACAAAGUUCUGAAUUACUGCCGUAUUUUCACUGAACUGUGUGAAACUUUUCUUGAAAAAAUCGUUUGUACUCCAGGCCAAGGUCUCGGGGACCUCCGGACUCUAGAGCUGCUGCUCAUCUGUGCAGGACAUCCUCAGUACGAGGUAGUGGAAAUUUCCUUUAACUUUUGGUACCGACUAGGGGAGCAUUUGUACAAAACUAAUGAUGAGGUUAUUCAUGGCAUCUUCAAAGCGUACAUUCAGAGGUUGCUUCAUGCCUUGGCUCGACACUGCCAGCUGGAACCAGACCAUGAGGGGGUUCCUGAGGAAACUGAUGACUUUGGAGAGUUUCGGAUGCGAGUGUCAGAUCUGGUGAAAGACCUCAUUUUCUUGAUUGGGUCUAUGGAGUGUUUUGCUCAGUUAUAUUCCACUCUGAAAGAAGGCAACCCACCCUGGGAGGUGACUGAAGCGGUUCUCUUUAUCAUGGCUGCUAUAGCAAAGAGUGUGGAUCCGGAGAACAAUCCCACACUUGUGGAAGUCCUAGAAGGAGUUGUCCGUCUGCCAGAGACUGUCCAUACAGCUGUGCGAUACACCAGCAUUGAGUUGGUUGGAGAGAUGAGCGAAGUGGUUGAUCGAAACCCUCAGUUUCUUGACCCCGUGUUGGGCUACCUGAUGAAAGGCCUGUGUGAAAAGCCUCUGGCUUCUGCUGCAGCCAAAGCCAUUCACAACAUUUGCUCUGUCUGCCGGGAUCACAUGGCUCAGCACUUUAAUGGACUCCUGGAGAUUGCCCGCUCCCUUGAUUCCUUCAUGUUGUCUCCAGAAGCUGCGGUGGGCUUGCUGAAAGGGACAGCACUUGUCCUAGCCAGAUUACCUUUGGAUAAGAUUACUGAAUGUCUUAGUGAACUGUGUUCUGUUCAGGUUAUGGCAUUGAAAAAGCUGUUGUCCCAGGAGCCCAGCAAUGGCAUCUCCUCAGACCCCACUGUGUUCUUAGAUCGCCUUGCAGUAAUAUUUAGACACACCAACCCCAUUGUGGAAAAUGGACAGACUCAUCCAUGCCAAAAAGUCAUACAGGAAAUAUGGCCAGUUUUAUCUGAGACGCUUAACAAGCACCGGGCUGAUAAUCGGAUUGUAGAGCGGUGUUGCAGGUGCCUCCGCUUUGCUGUCCGCUGUGUAGGCAAAGGCUCUGCGGCCCUGCUGCAGCCACUGGUCACACAGAUGGUGAAUGUGUACCACGUACACCAGCACUCCUGUUUCCUCUACCUUGGCAGCAUCCUUGUGGAUGAGUACGGCAUAGAAGAGGGCUGUCGACAGGGACUACUAGACAUGCUACAGGCACUGUGCAUCCCUACUUUUCAGCUCCUAGAACAGCAGAAUGGUCUCCAGAAUCACCCAGACACCGUAGAUGACCUCUUCAGGCUAGCCACCAGGUUUAUUCAGCGCAGUCCUGUUACCCUGCUGAGGAGCCAGGUGGUCAUCCCCAUCUUACAGUGGGCCAUUGCCUCCACUACCCUGGAUCAUCGGGAUGCCAACUGCAGUGUCAUGAGGUUCCUCAGAGAUCUUGUUCAUACAGGUGUAGCCAAUGACCAUGAAGAAGACUUUGAAUUGCGGAAAGAACUGAUUGGACAGGUGAUGAACCAGCUUGGACAACAGCUUGUCAGCCAGCUACUCCACACGUGUUGCUUUUGUCUCCCCCCCUAUACCCUUCCUGACGUGGCUGAGGUGCUCUGGGAGAUCAUGCAGGUUGACAGACCGACUUUCUGCCGAUGGUUAGAGAAUUCCUUGAAAGGUUUACCAAAGGAGACAACCGUGGGAGCCAUCACAGUGACACACAAACAGCUUACAGACUUCCAUAAGCAAGUCACCAGUGCUGAGGAAUGUAAACAAGUGUGCUGGGCCCUGAGAGACUUCACCAGGUUGUUUCGAUAGCUCACACUCCUGCACUGUGCCUGUCACCCAGGAAUGUCUUGUUUAAUUAGAAGACAGGAAGAAAACUAAAUCCAGACUGUGUCCCACAAUCAGAAUCUUCCGUGUGGCAGAGGGGCCUUCAGCGCCACCAGGGCGUCCCGCCAGACAGAGAGACUCCAGCCUUCUGAGGCCGUCCUGAGGAGUUCCUGUUGGGGAGCGUGAGGGAAAAUCAGCACGGUUUUCAAAAGAUGGCUGCGGCCUGUCCGGCAUGGUGGGAGGGGAAGCUGGUUUCCUGGUGAACUUGUUUCUAAAAGGAAAAAAAAUUUUUUUUUAAGGAAAUAAAAAGGGAAAAAAAGAAAAUUAAUUGAAACCAGAACUGAAACAGUCGCCUGGUAGCAAAUAACACGCACGCUCACACGGACAGACACCCAUGCACGCGUGCACACACGGAACUCUUAUCAGUACAGACUGAGACAGGCAGCAUUUCCUCCCAGGAAAUGAGGGAAUGCAAACGAAUGAAACGGCUGCAUUUGGAAGGAACGAGUCAAGGUAAAAUGCAUCUCUUCAAGCGUUCUGCUGUUGGU